AGACCCCAAAUUCAAACAGCUUACAGGGUCUGUGAAAAUUAAUAAAGGGAAAUUUCAGUAAAAUGGAGUCAGGAGGCCACACGGGAGCUCUGACACCCUGACUAGGGAUGUCAAUCACAGACCCCAACAGAAGAAUCUUCAACCGAAAAAGAAUCAUCAAUUACAAUCCCCAGGGAGAAAAGAUAUACAUUGCAUUUCCUACAAGAAAUCGCCCACCCCUGCAACUCAACCAAGGAGAAACUGUCUUACUGAACUGCUGCUUUUCACCAAUGGACUUUCCUUCAAAACAAGCCCUCCCAGACUUCUCUGUCCGUAAAAUAGCGGUCUUCUCCUACAUUUGAGGACUACCCUAUGGUUUUUGCUGUAGCUUCCUUGUCCGUAUAUUGUAAUUCUCUAUUUCCAAACAUACAUUUUUUUUCUGGCGAAAACUAACCGAAUUGGAUUUUUAAGGUCCAGAGUCCAGCAAAUAUAUAGCCCAUGGAGGCAAAAGGUGAGCAGACUGUGCCACUGGGCCUAAUGGGCCUGCGGUCCCAGGCUGGGGAGGCCCCAAGGGCUGUGGGGUGGAGUGGGGUCAACAGGGGCUGCAGAACAUCCCAGGAUGAGGCAGAUGGAGGACCUCCCUGGGGAGUGGCCUGAAGGGGACACGACCUCUCAGCCCAGACCGGUGCAGCGCGCCCGUGGUUUGGGCGUUUGUGGACUUCACAGCCACCCCCUCUCCCCUGGCAGCUUCCUGUGGUUGGUGUCUAAUCCUUCACAUGCACACCGUGUCAGUUCAUUACUGCAUUCACCAGCUCAUGGACUCACGUUGGAAUUGUUUCACCGAGACCCUCUGCCCCACCUCCCACUGCUCAGGUUCCCUCCCCUCCCGUGGCCCCAGCUCCAGGUGGCCCACCCGACUCCGCCCUGCCCCAGCGCCCGGAUCUCCGCGCCCUGCCAUCCCAUUGGCUGAGCGUGGGCGGAAGCAUCCAUUUCUGUCUUUCCUAUUGGGCACGAGCCCUGCGCGCUCAGAAGAUCCAACCAAUGGAAGCCGGCCAGGAACGGCCGGCUCAGCCCCGAGAGGGCGCUGCUAUAAAGGACCAAGCGCGGGCUUCCCAGGACCUCCUGGUCUCCGGAGGUGCGGGUCUCGCUGCGCGGAGGCCCCUUGGGGGCAGGUCGGAGGCGCCUCAGCCUGGAUGCUGUCUCCCCUCACCCCUUUUGAGGACAGCUCCCCCAAAGGACUCAGGAAGGCGGCCUGUCGCCGCCAUCUCUUCUGGGGGGCCACCCAAACGCUGCGAUGAAGUCGGGCAGCGUGCAGCCCGCAGAUGAAGAGGAGCAGACCCGAGACGAGAGAACAGCUGCAGCAGGCCACGUGGAGCUCGGCAUCUCCCCGGUGCGGCGCUUCACCGUUGAGGACUUUGAAAUCGGGCGGCCUCUGGGCAAGGGAAAGUUUGGGAACGUGUACCUGGCUCGGCUCAAGGAAGGCCAUUUCCUCGUGGCCCUGAAAGUCCUCUUCAAGUCCCAGAUAGAAAAGGAAGGCCUGGAGCACCAGCUACGCCGGGAAAUCGAGAUCCAGGCGCACCUACAGCACCCCAAUAUCCUGCGCCUAUACAACUACUUUCAUGAUGCUUCUCGGGUGUACCUGAUUCUGGAAUAUGCUCCAAGGGGUGAGCUCUACAAGGAGCUGCAGAAGAGCAGCACGUUGGAUGAGCAGCACACAGCCACGAUAAUGGAGGAGCUUGCAGACGCUCUGACCUACUGCCACGAGAAGAAGGUGAUUCACAGGGAUAUCAAGCCAGAGAAUCUGCUGCUGGGGCUCAGGGGUGAGGUGAAGAUUGCAGACUUUGGCUGGUCUGUGCACACCCUGUCUCUGAGGAGAAAGACCAUGUGCGGGACUCUGGACUACUUGUCCCCAGAAAUGAUUGAAAGGAAAACCUACAACGAGAAGGUUGAUCUGUGGUGCAUUGGCGUGCUCUGCUAUGAGCUGCUGGUGGGAAGCCCACCCUUUGAGAGCCCUUCCUAUAGUGAGACCUACAGGCGCAUCCUUCAGGUGGACAUGAGGUUUCCUCCAUCCAUACCUUUGGGAGCCCGGGACUUGAUCUCCAAGCUUCUCAGAUACGAGCCUUCGGAGCGGCUGCCUUUGGCGCAGAUCCGAGAGCACCCCUGGGUCCAGGCCCACUCUCGGAGGGUGCUGCCUCCAUCUGUUCAAAUGGCUUCUUGAGCCCAAUUUCGUGUGCUGUCCAGGGAGUGCUCCUGACUCUGCUACCUUGUCUGUCUUUUGUUUUUAGGAUGCAAGAUGCUAAUGAAUAAAAACUGAGUCAUUUUGUACCAGG